AACCAAGCCAUCUCUUUUUUAAAGUUUCUUACUUCUUCUUUGACUUUCUCUUUCAAAUUUUUUUCCAUGCCAUCGUACUUUUUUAAAGAAGACACUACCCCUGCCACCCAGGAGGAUUCAACAGAUGAAUCUCAUACUCUUUUGAUCCAAGCACAGAGGGAAUUUAUCAAUCAUAGGUAUGAUAAAGCCGUACCUCUUCUGGAAAGGGCAGCUUCUUUUGGUUCUUUCAGAGCCGCCAUGAGCCUAGCUUCUGUCUCUAUGCGAGAAGAACAUAUGACAGUGUGCCAAAACUGCCACACUGCUGCCAAGUGGUACAUCCGAGCUUUGGAACUGCUGGCCAGCAAGAAUACCCAUCUACCUUGCACCCCUGAGAGCUUGGAGCUCGUAGAGCAAAUUGUCGAGCUCUUGUCAAACCAUAUGCUCACUAAUAUCACAUCAAAGGAGGGACGUACUUUAAGCAGUAUGCUGUGGUCCAUGUCAAAAGACUUUAAGCCCAGAGCUGCUAUGAAAUUGAAUGAGGCGGAAUUGGCGAAAUUAACGCCAUUAGAGCAAAACCAAGUUUUCUAUGCCCGCGCCUUGUGUAUUGUCAUCUAUAACUGCCGAGGUUUCCUAUACCAAGCCGAUCGAAAUGCAGAUAAGGCGAGACAUUACUAUAUCAAAUGUGUCAACGUUCCACCCACCGGCAUCCACUCCUGCGAUAUCGCUCAGCGCUCAGCGGAGAUGAGCUUGGGGUAUUUGGACCGCGACAACGGCUCAGCCUGCUCACCGCUCUUGGCGCCCUCAUCACCUACGUCCUCAAUACAUUCAUCACAUCAAUGUGCUGGCUGCAAUACCGAAAAGCUGAUGAUGCCAGUGUGCUCUCGCUGCAAAGUUCGCCGAUACUGUAGUAACAAGUGCAGGAUUGACCAUGCUGCCGAGCACGAGCAAGAAUGUUUAUCUGUGCAAGCAUCCCGUCAAUGAUUCCCGCUUACUACACCUAUCUAGUUAACCUUAUUGUAAAAUCCUCCCUUACCGUUGUCAUCGCCAUCGCUAUCCCCUUUCCAUUCAUUCAUGUCACUAGCUUGGUGUGGUUGACAAAACCCGCUCAAACUUUUUAUUUCAAGCAUUUUCAAUAUACUCGCAUCGGCAAACCGGCGUUGCCCCACUUAAAACAAACAACAACUAAAAUUGCCCCGUUAUGUGAAAGAGUGUGUGUGAUGUAUCCCCCAGAUUGGAUAAGACCAAGUUAACAUUGACCUUGCC